AAUGUGUGUUUAGGGAAAAUAACACGAGUAAAAAAAAAAUCCAAAGAACAGGCAGGUUCGCAGCGGAUUAUCAUGUUAUUGAGAUAUUUAACAGACAUUGCUUUCCUUCUGUACAUUUACUUGCUGUUUUGGUGACUUAUUAGGUUUUGAAAUCAUCUCUGUCAUCUUUUUACUGUAGACAAUGGAAGUGGAGACAUUUGUAUCUAAAACCCUUGAACUAUUACAAGAGGAGCGAGAGGCAGAAAUAGAGGAAACCAGAACAUGGCAGGAGAACCGUUCCCUAAAGGAUCUUCAAAGCAAAGGCAUUUGUCUGCUGAAACUGCAGAUAGGCAGUCAGUUCACCGGGCUCUACGGACGCACAGUUCUUGUUCUAGAGCCAAGAAAACAUCUUGGUUUCUCCUCUCUUCCUAGCAACUGCUUUGGUCCCGGCGAUAUUGUUGGCUUGUAUGAUGCGGCUGGAUGCAGUGCAACCUCACAGAUAUGCACAGGGAUAGUAACCAGAGUUAGCCAAGCAUCUGUAAGUGUGGCCAUUGAUAUUCUAAAGGAUGAUGCUGUCCUGGAUACAAACUCACUAUACAACCUCCUAAAAUUGGCCAAUGAUGUCACUUACAAGCGAAUGAAACGAGCGCUGAAUGUGUUAAAUGGAUAUAGCAAUGGACCAGCUGGCAAUAUUAUAAAUGUCCUUUUUGGAAACGCACAACCAUCAUCUCAUUCACAACCAAUUGAAGUCCAGUUUUUUAACUCAAACUUGGAUGACUCCCAAAGAGAAGCUGUUAUGUUUGCUCUGUCACAGAGAGAACUGGCUGUGAUUCAUGGUCCUCCCGGGACGGGAAAAACCACCACUGUAGUGGAAAUCAUCCUGCAGGCAGUGAAACAAGGCCAGAAGGUGCUGUGCUGCGCCCCCUCAAAUGUUGCUGUGGACAAUUUAGUGGAAAGGUUAGCACAGUGCAAAGCCAAAGUCCUGAGACUGGGACACCCUGCCAGACUGCUGGAGUCCAUCCAGAAACACUCGCUGGAUGCCAUCCUCGCUCAGAGUGACAACGCAAACAUCAUCGCUGACAUCCGGAAAGAUAUUGAUAAAGUAUUAAUGGGAAUGAAGAAGGAGAAAGGUGAGCGCGGGAACUAUAAACGAGAAAUAGGGGAGUUGAAAAAGGAACUAAAAUCCAGGGAAGCUACAGCCAUCACCCAAAUCCUGAAGGGAGCAGAUGUUGUGCUGUCAACCAACACCGGGGCCUGCGAUGAUGGUCCUCUGAAGCUCCUGCCUGCGGAGCAUUUUGACUGGGUGGUCAUAGAUGAGUGUGCUCAGGCUUUGGAGAGCAGCUGCUGGAUUGCACUGCUGAAAGCACGAAAAUGCAUUCUGGCUGGGGACUACAAGCAACUGCCUCCGACAAUCAAAUCACAAGCAGCUGCAUCAAAAGGAUUGUCUCUGAGUCUCAUGGAAAGAGUUAUUCAGAUCUAUGGAGAUGUAGUGGUCCGCAUGUUAACAGUCCAGUACCGAAUGAACAGUGCCAUCAUGGAGUGGGCCUCCAAGGAGAUGUACCAAGGGAAAUUAACAGCUCACUGCUCGGUGGAAAGCCAUUUGUUAAAAGAUCUCACAGGCGUUGCCUCUGUCGCCGAGACGAGCACUCCACUUCUUCUGAUCGACACGGCAGGAAGCGGCCUGACAGAGAUGGAGGUCACAGACGAACAGUCCAAAGGCAACCAAGGUGAGGUAGACAUUGUUGAACUGCACAUAAAGGCCUUAACUGAAGCUGGUGUUAAAGCCAAAGACAUUGCUGUCAUCGCUCCAUACAAUCUGCAGGUUGAUCUUCUGCGUCAGAGACUUUCUGCUCGGCAUCCAGAGCUGGAGAUAAAGUCAGUGGAUGGAUUCCAAGGCAGAGAAAAAGAAGCUGUAGUGCUCUCAUUAGUUCGGUCCAACAGAAAAGGGGAAGUUGGAUUUCUGUCAGAAGACAGAAGAAUAAAUGUAGCAGUCACACGAGCGAGAAGACACAUCGCUGUGGUGUGUGACACUCAGACUGUGCAGAACCACGCCUUCCUGAAGUCCCUGGUCGAUCACAUGACUGAAAUGGGCGAGGUCAGAACAGCUUUCGAAUACCUGGAGGAUACUGUACCACAGAACUACACUCGCACCCGCAAAGAAGUAAAGACCACAUCUGCGUCUACAUCCACCAAACUGAAGACCAGAGAUCAGCCCUCGAGCAAGGUGAAGCCGGUGCAGAAGAAGUCUGGGAACAGCUGCAAAGAAAACACAGCUGGGUCACAAAACCAAGCAACGUCUGAGCAAGAGCAAAGCAAGAGUAGACGCGCUGAGAUCAGAGAACAGGUGGAGAGCUUUAUGAAGGACUUAAAACAAAGUGAUUUGCAGUUCCCUGCAUCCUUUAACUCCCACGACCGUCUGCUGGUCCACCAGAUUGCUGAGGAGCUAGGUCUGGUUCAUGAAAGUAAAGGAGAGGGCAGUGACAGGCACAUAACAGUCUCCAGGCCCCUAAAAUCACCACCAGCUCAGAAAGUGAGACAAGAGGAACUGACCCAGGAAGAAGAAACUGUCUCCAACGGGAACGAGGCAGCUUCCAUUCUGCAAAGUGACCCGUUGCCUCAACCGUCAUUAGACCUGAAAAGUUUACACUUGGAGAGAAUGAAGAGGGAGCAGAAGAGGAGGGAGGAGGCUGCUCAGAGGAAGCAGCAGAACAGUAUCCCUGCAGCUAAGGAGCAGCAAAUGAAAAAGACAAAAGGGAAAAGCAAAACAAAGCCGGGAGCCUGUGACGUCGCCGGCGCCGAUGACUUUGAUGCUCUCAUCAGCGCUGUCAUGAAGGCUGACAGCAUUUGUAGUUUUGUCAAGUGUAAAGCAUCUGUGUUAACACUCGGACAGCUUUGUUUGUUUUGCAACAGGCAGUAUUGCCUCAGUCAUCACAUACCAGAGGUUCAUGGCUGUGGAGAUAAGGCCAAGUCGCAGGCUCGGAUGAGGAUCAGCAAAGAGGGGGUUCUUUAUGCAGGAAGCGGCAAAAAAGACAAGUCCAUGGAUCCAAAUAGGAAGGCACACCUGCAGAGAAAACUGGACUCUAAAUUAAAGGACAUGGCAUCACAGAGGAAGCCAAAAGGCACGGAAAAGGAAAACUAAUGUCCCCCAAUCAACACAGUGAUUUUCUUAAAUUAAAUGUAAGGAAAAUUAAAGCUGUGCAAAUUACGAA